AAAUUAUGAAAUCAGCUUUUGGAAACGCUUACUGCAUUGCUCUCUAUCGUCAUUCCUUAAACCCUAACCCGUCAAUUCUUCACUUUGUACCCUUCAUUUCCUCUAUUUGCUCCCUUCCCUCCGGCGUUUCCAGAAGCCUUCCUUCUUGUUUUCCUCCCCGCGUUUCUCUCUGUUCCACUUCCAUGGCCGGCGGUGAUUCCUACUCGCCCCUAACAUCUCCUCCCUUGGAGAUGCAGUUCGAGAAGUUCCGAGUCCAGCUAGAAGAUUCCGGCACCUUACGUGAACGCAUACGUACCGUAGUUAUGGAAAUCGAGUCGUCUACUCGUCUCAUGCAAGCUAGCCUCCUCCUCGUUCACCAAUCUAUACCAAUACCCCAGGUUUUAGAGAAGGCAAAUACUCAGAAUAAUGUUCUAAAGGAUCUUUACAGUAAACUUGCUGAAGUUGUUAGGGAAUGCCCUGGACAAUAUUACAGAUAUCAUGGAGAUUGGAGGAGUGAAACUCAAAUGGUAGUUUCUUUGCUUGCCUUUAUGCAUUGGUUGGAAACUGGAAAUCUGCUUGUGCAUGCUGAAGCAGAGGAAAAGCUUGGAUUGAAUGAUUCGGAUUUUGCUUUAGAUCUGGAGGAUUAUCUUGUUGGUAUUUGUUUCAUGUCAAAUGAAAUGCCGAGGUAUGUGGUGAACCAAGUGACUGCUGGUGACUAUGAUUGCCCAAGAAAGGUGUUGAAGUUCUUGACAGAUCUUCAUGCAGCCUUUCGGAUGCUUAAUCUCCGGAAUGAUUUCCUGCGCAAGAAGUUCGAUAGUAUGAAGUAUGACCUAAGAAAAGUUGAAGAGGUCUAUUAUGAUGUUAAGAUUCGAGGCUUGGCAACCACCGGUGAUUCUGUCGGUGAUCAAGGAACCCAAAAGAUAUGAUAGGGUGCAAAAGUGCUAUAUAGAACUUAGAGACUAAACUCUUCCUUUUCUUGACUGCAAUUUCUUAAGGGGGUUCGUGAUCCUUUACCGCAUGGUGUAGAGCCAAAUUUUGCCACCAAAACAAGGUAAAAAGGUUCAAUAAAUAGUUGUAAUAAAAGCAUA